AGAGCGCGCGCGAGUGUGUGUGUGUGUGUUUUUCUCUACAGGAGUUAGCCCCUCCCUCUCUCCGCGCGCUUCAGUGUGUUACACUGUUACACACGCAUCAGCCGUGAGGAGCUCGAGCGCAGGAGCGAGAGGAGCACUGGACUGGACCUCCCGCUCUCAGAUGUUUCCUGACCCCUGUGUGUGAUGUUCUGAAGAGGGGGUCAUGUCAGCGCUCACGAGCUUCUGAUGGAUUUUUGUGGGGCGAGGGAGCGGCAGUGGAGCAAGAAUGAGAAGAUGUGUUGGUCACCGUAAGCUUAAAAGGAUUUUACUUUGCUUCUUUUUUUCUGUGCUAUUAAUUUUUUGUCUAACAAUCAGAUAUGUUAAUAAAGUUCCGGAGCCCAGCCCACCACAGAGAAGACCACGGCUUACUGAGCAGCAUGGCAUCAGCUGCUCGGACAUCUACGACAUGGACCCUGUGGCGGUGGGCAAAUCUCUAUCUCUCAGAAGAAAAGCCGUUCCCAUGUUGGAGGAUGAGGAUAUCGCGAAUGCCACCUUGGACUGCCCCCGCUACAUGGCAUCCAGGGGCUUUCAUAGCAUUAGGACAUCUCAAAUAGAGCGUGAGUUUCCUCUUGCCUACUCCCUGGUGGUCCACAAAGAGGCGGCCAUGGUGGAGCGCAUCCUGUGGGCCAUCUAUGUACCUCACAACUCCUACUGCAUCCAUUACGACCUGAAGUCUUCUCCAGAGUUCAUGGCUGCCAUGCAAGGGCUGGCCCUCUGCCUGCCCAACGUCUUCAUCGCAUCCAAACUUGAGAGGGUGCAGUACGCUAGCAUCACACGCCUCCGUGCUGACCUCAACUGUCUCUCAGACCUCAUGGAGUCUAAAGUCAAGUGGAGGUACGUCAUCAAUCUGUGCGGCCAGGACUUCCCGUUGCGCUCCAAUGUGGAAUUGGUGGAAGAGCUGAAGGCUCUGAAAGGUGCCAGCAUGUUGGAGACGGCACGUCCUAGCCCAUUAAAGAAGCGGCGCUUCAGUUUUAGCUACACCCUGAAGGAUGUCGGGUCUCAGUACCUCCAACAUCCCAUGAAAACAGACCAGGCCAAGUCUCCACCACCUCAUAAGCUUGAGAUGUUUGUAGGCAGUGCCUACUUCACACUGUCUCGGGAGUUUGUUAGCUUUGUUCAGUGGAGUCCCAUGGUAAAAGACUUUCUGUCCUGGUCAGAGGAUACAUACUCACCGGAUGAGCAUUUCUGGGCGACUUUGAUUCGGGUGCCGGGCGUUCCGGGAGAGUUGAGUCGCUCGGACCCAGAUGUGUCAGACCUGGCGAGCAGAACACGCUUAGUGAAAUGGCAGUACCUGGAAGGGAAGCUUUAUCCUGCGUGUACUGGGGUGCAUAUACGUAGCGUGUGCAUUUAUGGUGCUGGCGAGCUCCGGUGGCUCCUGAACGAUGGUCACUGGUUUGCCAAUAAGCUGGACCCAAGGGUGGACCCAGUGCUGGUUGAGUGUCUAGAAGAGAAGCUGGCAGAGAGACAGAGAACAAUGUCUGUAUUGCACUGAGUUAUACAAAUUGUUGUCUUUCAUUCUGGUUGGACAAUAGCUUUAAUACAGGGUCCUUUUAAAGAUGUGCCUUAGUUAAUUAAUUUAAUUCAAUUUUAGUUUUUUAUUAUAAGUAUGACAACUUGUGUCAUGGUUAGUAUUGGAAAUAGCCUAUCUAUGAUUCGUCCACAGAUGCUUUCUUUCAUUGAGCCUGUUGCCAGGUUUGCCAAGCUUUGCAGAAAACUGCGAACAGUCAAUUCAAAAUGACUACAGUACAGUAGUGUGUGUAGUGAUAUACAUAACAUCCAAUUCACAGGAAUAAAUCUGAAAAUUUGAAGAGAACCUAAAUUUUGUAAAAGUUCUUGAAAGAAUCCUUAAAUUCUAUAAACCUUUAAAAGUUGGCUUUGAAUGAAGCUUCAGUAAAACUCUUAAAAGUUCUCCUCUCGUUUUUCAAACUUAUUUCUUUAGAAAAAAAUUCUCUGUAGAUAAGAGAUGUUAGUCUGGAGAACCUUUGAAAAGUUAAGAUGUCCUCCAAUUAAGGUCAAAUAGUUAAAAAAAACUUAAUCUGAUAUGAAUUUUUACUUUAACCUGUCUAUUUUUCAGCUGUGUAUAUUGAAAAAAUAUUUCCUGUAACUGACAAAUGUUAGUAUAAAGAAAAUGUAUGUAAAAAGUUAAAAGAAUCUCCACUCAACAUAAACGCUUUAGUAAGAAAUCUUAAUUUGGACUAGAAGUUUUUGUCUUUAUUUGAACAUUUGAAAGGUUCUUCUCUCUCACGUGUCUUUUAUUUGGACAUGGUUUCUUUAAGAAACUAGUUUCUAUAAAUAAGAGAUUUGCUGGUCUCAAUAGCCUUUGGAAAGUAUAAAGGACUGAGAUAUAAUGUAACAGUUCUCGUAAUAGUAGCUUUGCAUUAAUUGACAGUUCUUUAGUAUAAAAUUGGGCUUUAUAUUGGUCUAAUAUUUUAGUAAGAACUCUUAAUUUGGAAUUUCAUUUUUGUUUUAUUUGAAGGUAUUUCAAAUAUUUCACUAUUUCCAAUUCUGACAUGGAGAAAAACAUUUAAGAAGGCAAACAUAUUGAGACAUAAAGUAACUGUUCUAGUUAAAGCCUAGUUUUGUUCUAGUACAAGCCUGUAUAUAUAUAUGUAUAUAUAUAUAUAUAUAUAUA